CAAGAACUGUUGAGCUGCUCUGAGACUCGUCAACACCAUGUAUCGCCUUCUCCCCCUCGUAGCCCUGUCUUCGCUGGCAGGCGCCUCUAUUAUCCCGCAGCAGCCUCUGGCAGGAAGCUCCAAUCCCGAAGCUCCUCUUAUCAGUGACUCCAAGGAGCUCGUCAGCUCCAGUGCGCUCGAGGCGCACAUCACCAAGGAGAAUCUCUUGAAACGUGCCAAGCAGCUAUACAAAAUCGCAGAAGAGGGGGCCCCAGAAUACAACCACCCAACUCGAGUUAUUGGCAGUCAAGGUCACAUCUCGACAAUCGAUUACAUAUACUCGACAAUCGCAGAUCUUGGAGACUACUACGAGAUCAGCAACCAGACGUUUGAUGCCGUAGUCGGGAAUGUCUUUGAAUGGCGCCUUGUGUUGGGAGACACCGAGCCCGAGUCGGUUUUGCCAUUCUCCCUUACUCCUCCAACGAAGAACAAAGAUGCAGUUUUUGGGCCUUUAGUAUUAGUUGCAAACGAUGGCUGUGAUGAAUCCGACUUCCCUUCCGAGGUCAACGGCGCAAUUGCUUUCAUCAAACGUGGGGUAUGCCCCUUCGGACAAAAGUCGGCAUUAGCUGGGAAGGCUGGAGCCAUCGCUGCGGUCAUUUAUAACAAUGAGAGGGGAAGUGUGUCGGGAACUCUGGGCGAACCGUCAAAGUAUCAUGUUGCCACGUUUGGAAUCUCAAACGAGGAUGCGGAGCCUUAUAUCGAGAAGUUGGAGAAGGGAAAGAUUAUUCCAUCUUCGGCGUAUAUGGAUGCGAUCGUUUCGAAGGCACCCACUACAAACAUCAUCGCGCAAACCAAGGGCGGAGAUCCGGAGAACUGUGUUAUGCUAGGAGGCCACAGUGACAGUGUUGCCGAGGGGCCUGGCAUCAACGAUGAUGGAUCUGGAUCGUUGUCUCUGCUCGAGAUCGCGACGCACUUGGUCAACUACAAGGUCAACAACUGUGUCCGCUUUGCGUGGUGGGCAGGAGAGGAGGAAGGGCUCCUCGGAUCCGACUACUAUGUCUCCCAGCUCUCCGAAGACGAGAAUCUAAAAAUUCGUCUCUUUAUGGACUAUGACAUGCUUGCCUCUCCCAAUUACGCAUACCAGAUCUACAACGCGACCAAUGCCGUCAACCCGACUGGGUCUGAGGAGCUUCGCAAUCUGUAUAUCGACUAUUACGAAUCCCACGGGGUAAACUACACCUUCAUCCCCUUCGACGGACGCAGUGACUAUGAUGCCUUCAUCAAGCAUGGAAUUCCUGGAGGUGGAAUUGCAACCGGCGCAGAAGGAAUCAAGACGAAGGAGGAGGCUGAGAUGUUUGGUGGCAAAGCUGGGGAUUGGUACGAUCCUUGCUAUCACCAGCUGUGUGACACGGUCGACAAUCUCGCCCUCGACGCAUGGGUGUUGAACACAAAGCUUGUCUCUCACUCGGUAGCCACCUACGCUGCGUCUUUCGAGGGUUUCCCUAAGAGAACUGGCAUCACAGCCCGCGCGAGCUCGGAGCUUUCCCUUUACCACGGGCCCAAGCUUGUCAUGUAA